AAUACAGUCAAAUUAUGGAUUCUCACAGCAUUUAAGGAAAAUCAACAAAGACUUCGUACAUCACUCCAUCAAUCCUUAUCAUCGGUAUCCCGCUUAUUUUAUCUUUGGACAUCUCCUAUUUCAAAAUCAAUACUUGGUAUUGUAGUUCGUUGGAUGGAUAAUUUAGGAGAAAACAAAUAUGUACUAUUAGCAUUAAGAUAUGUAAAAGGAAGUCAUAGUGGAAUAAACCAAGGCAACCUUGUUUGGACGAUAUUUACUGCGUAUGAUAUUAACAAAUUGGUGGGCUACUUUAUCUUAGAUAAUGCAAGUAAUAAUUUAAGCUGUUUUGAUCAUUUAUCCAUACAGUUUAAUUUAGCACUUGAGGGUACAGGUCAAUUAUUUAAAACAUUAAGUCGAUAUAUACGUUGCUUUGGUCAUGUUUUGAAUCUGGUUGUAAGAGUUCUUUGGUAUGGAAAAAAGUCUCUUCACUUAGGGGUUAACACAGGAGAAAAGAAGGCAAUUGUGGCAGAAAAUCAUGCAGUUGAUGAAUGGUAGAAGGUUGGUCCACUUGGAAAACUAAGAAAUCUCAUAACCUGGAUUUGGAGAAGU